GUUGAUUCGGAAGCGCUGUUGUAGCAGUUUCCUCAAAACUAGCUAUACAGCUAAACACCUACGUUAGUACAGUGUAAACUUUGUCUCGUGGAGCAGUGGUGUACACGUUCACACUUCGGGAUAAGCCUUUCAUACGGUUAUGACUUGACUGUGGUGUCGGCGGCGACCGACCUCAAAACCUUUUUGUUUUUUAAAAAGGCUCCGCAUCACUUAAAUCAAGAAUCCGGACUGAGCAGGAUGCUAGCAUGUAUCGUUAGCAAACUGCUGCAGGGAAUUAGCUGGUUAGCUUCCACAUCCAGUCAACUAUUAUGAGGCUGAAGCUUCCCUCUUAUUGCUCUCACUUAGGUUAAAUACUGACAGCGCAAUGAACACCGAGGCGAUAGUGAUCCGAAUAAAAACGCCGACAGGAGACAUGGACUCGUCCGUGGACUGUCCGUCUCUUCUGAACUUCAAUGACUUGCUCGUCGCAAUCAGAGAUGUCAUGCCUGAAGCCACUGUCACGGCCUUUGAAUACGAAGAUGAGGUGGGAGACAGAAUCACAGUAAGAAGUGAUGAAGAACUCAAAGCCAUGUUGUCAUAUUACUGCAACACAAUGAAUGAACAACGCAUGAAUGGACUGCUGCCGGACCCUCUGCAGAUUUUUCCAAGAGCCGGCAAGACUCCAGGGAUCCGGAACAUACAUGGCCUGAAGGUUAAUACAAGGCCUAAUCCAGCAAAUGACUGCAGUCACGCUGUCCCAGACUCUAUAGCUAACAACAGCUUAAAAAAGUCAUCUGCAGAGCUGAAGAGGAUCUUGACAAAUGGCCAGAUAAAUGCCCAAGAUAUCCACUAUCAGGAGCAACUUGGCCAUGGAAAUGGAGGCACAGUUUACAAAGCGUACCACGUUCACGGCAAACGGGUUUUAGCUGUCAAGGUCAUUCCCCUGGAUAUCACGGUGGAGUUACAGAAGCAAAUCAUGUCAGAAUUAGAAAUUCUCUACAAGUGUGAUUCUCCCUACAUCAUCACUUUCUUCAGUGCCUUUUUUGUAGAGAACAGGAUAUCAAUAUGCACAGAAUUUAUGGACGGUGGCUCAUUGGACGUCUACAAAAGAAUUCCAGAGCACGUGCUUGGAAGGAUUGCUGUGGCGGUAGUCAAAGGCCUGACGUAUCUGUGGAGCCUGAAGAUACUUCACAGAGAUGUCAAGCCUUCCAAUAUGCUGGUGAACACCCGAGGACGAGUCAAGCUCUGUGACUUUGGUGUCAGCACACAGCUGGUGAAUUCCAUCGCCAAAACAUACGUGGGAACUAAUGCAUACAUGGCGCCGGAAAGGAUAUCAGGAGAACAGUAUGGGAUUCAUGCAGAUGUCUGGAGUGCGGGCAUCUCUUUCAUGGAGCUGGCGCUUGGCAUGUUCCCGUAUCCACAGAUUCAGAAAAACCAAGGAUCUUUAAUGCCUCUCCAGUUACUGCAAUGCAUUGUUGAUGAGGAUCCUCCAGUUCUUCCUGUCAGCCAGUUUAGCGAAAAGUUUGUUCACUUCAUCACUCAAUGCAUGAGGCGGAACCCCAAGGAGCGACCUGCACCCAAUAACCUCAUGGAUCAUCCCUUCAUCGUACAGUAUAACGAUGGAAAUGCGGAGGUGGUGUCGAUGUGGGUGUGCCGCUGUCUGGAGGAGAGGCGAGCUCAGCUGGCUCAGGGACGCAUGUGACUUCUUCCUGUCGGCAAACUGUGGUGGACCCGAACGUUUGAUCCCAAACACACAUCAAAGGAUUCAGGGUCAAAUACGUCCACGCGCACUGGACAAGUACCUUAUUAUGAAUGGACCGAAAUCACUAGAUGUUACUUUAUCUGAACGAUUCUUGAUGUAACAGACACCCAGGAGCGCGCUCGCGUCCUUUAAACUGAAUAUUAAUCUCUGCAUCGACGGGUCUGCACCUGGAGAUCCUUUCCAUUUCAAGGGAAUCCCAAAAAGCAGUGACCAUUAAAGUCGGCUGAUUUUAAAGCAUCAGAGACGAAAAGAAACUUCAAAGCACAAGACUCGGGCGCGGGCAGAGUUACGCUCUGCGUCGAUGAUGGCAUCCCAAAUAGCCGUCUUGUGCUUUACUGUUGACAGCCCUCCCAUGAAUGUUAAGGUUUUUUGCCUGUGAGUAACUACCCAUCUGUGUGCCUAUUUUUCCAGUGCUAUAAUUUCUUACCUCAGCAAACUUGAUUUGUGACUGCAAUAUCAAGACACCCCACCCCUACCCCCGAAAAUGUACUUACUUUUAGCUCCUGGAGUUGAACAUCUGCAUAGAGUUUUUCCUGAACUGGUGAGGCUGAGUGUUAUCUGCUAUAUUCUAGAAGCCAUUAAGACUGAAGGAAAAUGCAGCUAAAAGCAUAAUCUCCCCUUAUAAAGCACCACUGUUUAAAAUGCUCUUUUAGUCACAUUGUGACCACUAAGUUACUUUAGAAUAAAAUGUCAUGUAUUAUUCAGAAUUAGACAUUUCACUGGGUUGCCUAAGAGAUCGCUUUAUUUUGCUGUAAAGGGAAAAUGUUAAUGCAGUGUACUUGACACCAAAGACGAUAUAGACGGUGAAUUAUAUUGAUUUUUCGUGAAUGAGGCAAAUGUAAGAGGCCGAGUGACUAAAAUGAAUUGUUUCAGAAAGGUUUUUAUGAAAUGUGUAAUGCUUAAGUGCAAUUAACCUGCAUUGCUUCCCCGUAUUCACAGUGAACGUAGCUUACAGUGGCGCGACCUGCACAGCGUGUGAAUCGAUGGAAACGAAUGCAAUGGGGAAAAAACAAGCAAAACAUGAGCCAGCGGUUAAUUUUUUUAUCAGUUCAACGCGGUUUCAUCCUUUAAGUUGUAAAUCAACAACCUUUAUGAAUGAUCAGAAACUGAAAGUACAUGUUUACUGAAGCGUCACAGAUGGGUAAUCGUGUUGUUCUUAAUGUGGGAAAUGCUGAAGGUUGCUGUGUUAUUUAGUUUUGAUCUGUUUGCCCUUCAUGUCAAAAAUGGACAAACAAUUAGCGACCGCAAAGCUCCGAACAAGCUGCUUACCUGUGCGUGGCAUUCACGAAUCCUCCUUUUUAUUUCAGCACCCACGUUAGAGCAGCUGCACAGCCUGCAUGAGACCUGCGUCUGAUUGAACCUCCUCGUGUAACAAAAUUAGGCUAAUACUGCUCUUUCUCACUCAUGGUGUUUGUGUCCACAGCACAAACGCUGUGGACAUGCACAGUUUAAGGUUUGAGUCCAUCAUGUGGAGAUAAGAGUAGGUGAGGUCAAUCACAACAAGUCCAAGUACAACAGGUUUUUAAACCCAUGUGACUGAUGAUUUUGUAAGUUUGGUGAAAAUGUGCAGAAAUCCAUACUGGUGCAUUUAAACUACAAUUUAAUUAAUAUUCAUAUUUGAGUAUUUCUCACACACAAAAAGAAUGAAAAAGCUAGAGAUGGCACGAUACCACUUUUUUAUGUCCGAUAUCUGUCGAUACCGAUAUAAAUCCGAUAUAGCAUAUUUUAUAAUCAAUAAAACUUUUUUUUUUUAUAUCUUGCUGCAUUUUAAGUUAA